GAUUUGUUGUGUAGUUCUUGGUGAAAUUGCUCUAGAUUAGAAGGCAGUUUAAAUCUGGGCGUUUGGUUGUAGGAAAGUGCCGGAAAUCGGAAUUAACUUUGGCUGCCCGUCCCCAGCGACAGGACGAGAGAAAUUUCUUAUGUAAGUGCUUUCAGCUGUCAAUCAUUAGAACCUGUUUGAGGAAACCAUCGUCAUGAUCCACCUAACAGGGCAAAACCUGACCUCGAAAGAGGUCAUUCAGAACAUCUUCUCACCGAUCGUCGGUGCCAUCAUCUCACCUCAGGCCGAGGAACUAUGUCAGAAGAACAAUCUGACCUUUGUGGAGAUGUUGCAGCCGUUCCUGAAGCUUUCGUCAGACGCUCACUUCCGGGAUACGGCCGGUACCAGCGUAUCGAUCAAAGGCCUCCGGAUAAACGUAUGCGAUGUGAACUGGCGCCCUCCGCAGACCAUUCUGGCCAAGAAAAUGCUGAACGAAUCGGUAACCUCGGCCGGCGGAGAAAAGUUGCGCGCCAUCAAGCUGGAUGACGGUAGCUUCGUGGACAUUCCGACGUCGGAACCGUGGUUCGAGCAGUGGCGCGAAACCUUUCUGACCGUGCAGUUUCCCUCGGAUCAUGAGUUCACCAGGCAUCUGCUGUGUUCGCUGAUUGUGGUGUCCAGUAUCGACGUGAAUCCGCUGGAGGUGGCCGGCCAGCUGACGAAAAAGAUUCAGAUGAUGCAGAACAUUACGCCACCGCGGUUGCCCAAGUGGUUCUCGGCCGAUUCGCUGAACUGUUAUGUGAUGCUGCACGACGGCUGUUCCGGCGAUAUUGGAAAAGCACAGCAAGCCUUCGAAGGCCUCAAGUCGACAUACGGCGAUCACAAAUGCUUCCUGCUGCAAAUCAACUCCCAUCAGGGACCACCGAUGGAGUGUCCCGAUCCGUGGAUGCGCUACCUGAAGAAACAUCAGCGCACGGAACCGGCGGCCCCGGCCUCGGACAUAGACAGCGCACCGAAAACACCGCAGGACUCGGCAUCGGUUAUGUCUAUGCCAACUUCGGUGCAAACCAUAUCGGUUACGCCUGGAGGAAGCAGUACUACGUCCGAUUCCGGGAUAAUAACCGGCGAGGUGAUCGCUCAUCCCCUUAGUCCGGUUCAGGAAACCGGCGUGGAACUUCAGGAGACCUCCAGUUUGACUUCCAGCAUUGACAGCCUUUCGCAGCAGACCAUCAAUCCGAAUGUCUGGACGGUGGAGAACGAUACGGUGGAUAUCGCUCACGGGACGUUCCUUACGGCUGGGGACUUGGACAAUUUGAAGCACUUUGUUCAGGACUUUGCCGUAAGGGCGUUGAUUCCGUACGUUGAGAAGCUGGUGGGAGUUUUGAACGACUCUAUCUCGAAUAAGAAGGGCGUUAGUCGAUCACUACUAAGCGCAACCAAAAGGUGGUUCGUGACCAACAAACCCGGGUCCAACACCAAUCAAAAUGCGGUAGUCUACACCAAUGAGUCUACGGAGCUGCAGACGAGGAAGCUUGGGGAUCUGUACUUCAUGUUCGGCCACUAUUUCCUGGCGUUCCAAGCGUAUCAUCAGGCAAAGCGAGACUUCAAUGCCGAUUCCGCGUGGCAGUACUACGCCGGAGCCCUGGAAAUGGCCGCCUUAGCAGCGUACAUGCAAGGAUCGGCCAAUCGCAAAACCUACGACUACAUGGAGGAAGCAAUCGUGACCUAUCUGAACAGCUGCAAGAUGCCCCAGUUUGCCACUCGGGCUACACUGCUCUCGAUGGAAUGCCUGAAGGCGGCCAAAUUGUACCAGGAAGCCGCCAAACAACUGAUCCGGAUGACCAGCGAAGAUUCGGAUCUGCGGUCGGCGCUCCUACUGGAACAAGCCGCCUACUGCUUUCUGCUGGCAACGCCUCCCCAGUACCGGAAGUAUGCCUUCCACUCGGUACUGGCCGGACAUCGGUUCUCGAAGGCCGGGCAGCGCAAACACUCGUUCCGGACGUACAAACAGGCGUAUCAGGUGUUCGAAAAUCGCGGCUGGAGCUUGGCAGAAGACCACAUCCAAUACACCAUCGGAAAGCAGGCAAUCAACCUGAAAAAGCUGGAAGAAGCUAGCAACUGUCUUUCCCAUCUGCUGCGACCUUCCAGUUUACAAAGCGCAACCCAACAGGCAUUCUUCUUGAAAGAUUUCCUAGCCACACAGAAGGCUCUCCUUGCCAAGAACGACGUUAAUGACAUUCUGACCAUUUCUCUUCCGAAGAUCCUACAGCCUAUGACUCGAGUUCUGGUAACAUCCCCACCACCGGUGGCCAAUCCCUUGUUCGUUCCCGCCACGAACCUUACCAUCACCUCCAGCCUUCUAGAGGAGAACAUUUGGAACAAAAUGGAAGAGAUGUUGGUUCAAAGUGCUUCCAAAAAAUCCAUCAUGAUCUUCAAACCUAGCAAGUCCCUGUUUACCCAAGAAUCGCAUGCACUGGAGAACCCUCGGAGCGUGCACGGUGAACCGAUUGAAAUAUCCUUUAACCUGGAAAACGCCAUCAAACCCCCUAUCACGUUCGAAUGUAUCAAUGUCUUGUGGGAAUUCCGAAAGGAAUCGCAGGAAAUCUAUUCCAACAAACCGCUGUUCAUGGGCGAGGUCGGUCCCGAGGAACGCAAGGCCAUCGAAAACGUCGUCGCCACCACUUCGGUGGAUUCCGUAAGCUUCAGCGAGUACGAAACCAAGACUGUAUCGUUGAGACUCACCCCCAGAAGUACCGGACAGCUACGAAUCCUCGGAGUCGUUGGAAGGAUUUCUUCUAACGCCACCGGAACAACGGAACAGCCCAAUAUAUGGGGCAAGCAGUUAUUCGAGGCCCUGCCCAUUCGAACCAACUCCAAAGACAACCGGGCGGUCCAAUUCGAUCGAAAACUGGAGAUCGAAGUGCUCCCUCCGGCACCGGCUCUACACGUCAGCUUCUCCCAAACGCCAACGGAAGUCCUCGCAGGCGAAGUGAUCCCCAUCCAGAUCAACGCGACCAACGCCGGGGUCAACGCUCUGAACGAUAUCUAUAUCUGUAUCGACAAUCCGCGCUUUGUGGUGGUCAAUCCGGACGAGUCGGAGAUUCCCCUGUCCAUCCUGCGGGACUUGCGCAACCUGGUCAACGAGAACCUCGGCAAGGAGAAGGAAGCACGCAAGCAGUACGUUUUCAAGGCUUUUAAGGAGGGCGAAGCGAACGUCAUCAAUCCGAUGGAGACCAAAACCAGUACGAUCUGGCUGCAGGCUCCGUACGUCAAGGGACCGAAGAAUGUGAAACUGCUGAUCUACUACGGGAUGCCGGCGGAUUAUCCGAAACUGAAGUAUCGCCUAAUCCGGCACACGUGGACCUUCAACGUAAACGAGUCGCUCCUGCUGGACGCCAACUGCAACGUGAGCAACCCGCUUACGAACGAGUUGGGCAUCGAUGUCAACGUGAAAAACUUGAACCAAGUGCACCAUCCUCUGAUGACGGAAGUCGCAGUCAACGAGAUCGUUCUGUACUGUUCGACGUACCAGUUGAACCCACGGAAGAUAGUUUAUAUCAAAAACCCCGGCUACCAGAAGCACCUCAUCGAAGGCGUCGGUCUCAAGACGAACGAAACGCUCAGCCUACGGUGCAACCUGCAGAAACGCCCGGAAGAGGUCAAGUUCGGAACGGACAUCCGAGAGUACAUCAGCGACAAGCUAUCAACAGUUUCGAUCCGCGCUCCCAGUGCCGAAAUGAUUGCCUGUUUGCCCAGUUUCCACUCGACCGGAAGCUUCCUGAUGAAGAACGAAACCAAGUACAUCCGGGUGUACGAGAGCACCAACAACGAGGAGUUCAACCAGAUUAUUUCCACCCUGGAUCGGCACAUGACCGUUUGCGUGAACUGGAGCGCGCUGAUCAAUGACAACGGGUCGUCCCGGAAGGCUUAUGGGCAGCAUUUCGUGCAGUUGAGGAAUUUGUACGAUGCUGUAUUUUGUCCACCCUCGGAACGCCACCAGCAGGUGAUUUUUACGCAUAACGAAGUCGUAUACAGCAUCUACGACAAUUUGGAUGAGGUCAUUCCGAAGCCCGAUGAUGGGCUGGACGAUGGUUGGGGUGUUAACAAUAACUUUGUGGCCCAACGAUGUUUCUUGGAAGAAAAUUUGCAGUCCGUUGAGUUAGUAGCGAAGGGUUGAGCAUGUUUUAAAUAUCUUGGAAAUAUUUAUUGUGAUUCUACGUUUAAGGUACAUCCGUAUUAUAAAAUAUUCAAUUCAA